AUGUAUUCCGGUGCACCCAUUUACACAACAAAACAUUAUAUUCAUGAACCCCGUUUCCCAGCUGCCUAUCAGCAGCCUAGAGGAAUAGCAUCCUCUACUCAUUAUACGCCAUCGAUGGUAAAUCAAAAUCAUCAACCGUAUUCAAACUCAUAUAGUCAACUGCAACCUCCAACAACGGUUACUUACAUGAAUGAUCCAACACCGCGUCCGAUGCCGAAUUAUAAUCAAUCGUAUAAUUCAGCAAACAGCUAUCAACCAUCAGAUAUUUUUCAACAACCAAACAAUCAAAUGCAACAACCAGUGCUCACUGCACGUAGUGGAAAUAAAUUUGGGAAUGGUAACAUCGAAAAAACGAAUAUGAUGUCGUCCCAGAGUCCAUUUUUUGAUCCCGCUCGUUCAUAUGAACAGACAAAUAAUUACUCACGUACAUCUUCAUCUAUAACAGCUCAACCAAAAAGUGGUGGGUCCGUAAAUAAAACAUUAAAUUUAUCGAGUGAAAAUCCAUUUCAUGAUGUUUAUGGUGGAUAUCAAUAUUCAGCACGAAUCGAUCCAACAAAACGUAUAACAUCACAAUCGACAGCUGUACGAUCAACUGAUAAUAAAAGUUUAAACUUGUCCGACGAAAAUCCGUUCUUUUCGAUUUAUGGUGGUUAUCAUUAUCCGUCUCAAAUUGAUCCGAGUAAACGAAUCACAGAACUCCCGAAACAAGCCGGUCAACUAGAAAAAACAAAUGAUUUAUCAUCAGAAAAUCCUUUUAGCAAUUAUCGACCGGUCAAUCGUAAUUACAAUAGCGCAUCAAUACCAUCAUCAUCCUUUCAAAAUGCGACGCCAGAUUGGAACAGAAAUAAUUUGAUUUCAAAUCGUUCAUACGAUAGUAACAAUAAUAUGCCAAGAUAUGGUAGUUAUACUGAGACUAACCCGCCUGAUUCCUAUCGCAGUCCACCACCUGAUAGUUUUACUCCAAAACGUACUGUGCCUGAUACGACUAUGUACAAAACGGAAUCACCGUUACCAAACGAAAGACGUUUACCACAGCCAGUAAAGCCGAAGGAUGCUCCGGCGGACAAAAAUUCUUUGAAUAUGUCACCUGAAAAUCCAUUUGCAGCUACCUAUGGCCAACAUUAUUAUCCAUCAAACGAUGAAAUUAAAGCGCAAAAACGUCAGGAGAGAAACGUACGAUUUGCUGAUGAAUCAAAUCAAAGGGCUUCAUCCGUUGCUGCACCUCCUCAGCAACAGCAAAAAUCAAUGAUGAGCGAAUAUCCUGAAGAAGAAUCAAAAGACAUUAUUCAAGGAAAAGGAAAAACUAAAUUUACACGUUUUGAUGUCAAUUUUUAA